GUUUUUGCAGCUAGUCAGUUCCCAAAGUCUAAUCUCACACAGCUAUUAACAUUAAACCAAAAGGUGCUGCCACUUCGCAGCCGUCUGGCAGUCUGGUUUGAUUUGUGACGACCGACCAGAUCGAGAGAAAAACAAAAUCCUAUUGUUUUGUUUUGGCGGUGCCAUUGGCUUUAUAUUCAUUUGUCAAAUCAAAGUAUAAAGUGCAGUUUAUGUAAUGGGUUUCCUGUAUAUUCUGGGAUGGAUAUCCCUUGGUAUCCAGAUCACGUUCCUUACUCUGUCCAUAGUGGCAGGACUUUACUAUUUGGCGGAACUCGCGGAAGAGUACACGACACAGGCGCGGCGGUGCAUUCUGUUCAUGAUCAGCUUUACAAUCUUUGUGUACAUCAUGCUGAUGAUUUUCGAGGAGUUCCCCUGGAGCAUGCUGCUGUGCGGCUUUGUGGCGCAAGGCUUCCACCUGUCGAUAAUGGGAGGUUUUCCAUUCAUACGCCUGCUGUCUGUGCCCUUCCUGGGCUCCCUCGUCAUGCUGGUGGUCAAUCAUUUCCUAGCAUUUCAGUAUUUCACCACCGUCUAUGUGCCUUUCACUCAGGUGCUUGCCUACUUCACCGUUUGCAUGUGGAUCGUGCCCUUCGCCCUGUUCGUCUCGCUCAGUGCCAACGACAGCGUCCUGCCCACGGUGAAUGAGCAGAGCAGACGGAGCCCGGACGUGGUCAGCAAUUAUUUCUCGCGGAACAAGAAACAGGGGCUGCUCUCCCUUUUCAACUAUAUGAAGGAGCAGCUGCUCCCAGCGCGGAGCAAGAAGGCGUUUUAGAACUUACAUAUUCAGAGAUGUGUGCAAAUAGGAAUGCGAAUGAUCUAGUAUCUAGAGUAGUUCCUUUGAUUAUUUAUUUUUUGUACCUAUAAACCAGACAAGCGAGCAAGUAUACAUACGUAGAUAAAUGCAAGAUGCACAUUCCUUUA